AGCCGGGCUGGGGCCGCCCGGCCGGGGCGCGGGCAGCGGGGAACCGGCGCCUGGAGGAGGCGAAGCUGGGCCCGUGGCUGGUGGCUGGGAAUCCGCUGACGGAGACAGCCGGGGGCCGGGGGAACGCGAGGAGGCAGCGAGCCCGCCCCACGUACCCUCUUGCUCUGGAGAGGCUGCACCAGGGCUCUGGGUGAGAUCGGGGAGCCCUGUCCUGUGCUGCUCGGCCAGAGCGGGGCAGAGCUCGGGGCACUGCUCGCAGGCACCUUGCACCUGACCCUCCAGGCGGGGGAGAGCGGGGACUGCAGGGUGGAUAUGGGCAUUGGCUGUGCCCUGGCGAGCAGGCACCUGUACAGGGGCACUGGGGCUGCCAGUGACUGGGCCGGGCCGGGGCUGUAGCGGGUUCCAUGGACACGACGGCGAGGGACAGGUUUGCAGAGAUGCAGGACAGGCUUCGGAUCCUUGAAGACCUCAACAUGUUGUACAUCCGGCAGAUAGCGCUCAGCCUGCAGGACACUGACAUCCAAAAGAAGAUUGACCAUGAGCUCCGGAUGCGCGAAGGCACCUGCAAGCUGCUGGCGGCCUGCACACAGCGGGAGCAGGCUCUGGAGGCAACCAAGAGCCUUCUGGUCUGCAACAGCCGCAUCAUGGCCUACAUGUCUGAGCUGCAGCGCAUGAAAGAGGUGCAGGUGGCGCAGAGGACGGCCCGGCGCCCCUCGGACGCUGGCCCCAUGGAUGAUCGCUUACCCUGCAGGGGAAAGGUCUGCGUGUCAGAUCUCCGGAUCCCCUUGAUGUGGAAGGACACGGAGUAUUUCAAAAACAAGGGAGACCUGCACCGCUGUGCCGUGUUCUGCCUGCUGCAGCUCGGCGUGGAGAUCUAUGACACUGAGAUGGUGCUCGUGGACCGGACGCUCACCGACAUCUGCUUCGAAAAUGGGGUCCUCUUCACGGAGGCGGGCCCGGACUUCGAGCUGAAGGUGGAGCUGUACAGCGUGGGGCUGGAGGAGGACUCUGCGCUCGGUAGCACCCCGAAGAAGUUGGCCAGCAAACUGAGCAGCUCGCUGGGACGCUCCUCCGGGAAACGGCUGCGUGCGGCGUUGGACGGGGCCCCGGGGAGCCCCGUGAGUAAUGGGGGGAGCAGCCCCCUCCUGCUGCCGGCCCCCAGCUUGGUGGGCCCCAAGUACCACCUGCUGGCCCACACCGCGCUCUCCCUGGCUGAGGUUCAGGACAGCUUCCGCACCCAUGACUUGGCCAUCACCAGCAAUGAGGAGAGCUCCUUCUGGCUGCCCCUCUAUGGCAGCAUGUGCUGCCGUCUGGCUGCCCAGCCCAACUGCAUGGCCCAGCAGAUGAUGUGCGGCUUCUUGAAAUUGCAACAGCAGAUGGGCGAGCAGCAGAGCUGGGCGCGGCUGUACUGCGUGCUGCGGGGCUCCAACCUCCUCUGCUACCGCGGGCCCCAGGACGCCGAGGCCCCGGUGGAGCCGGCGCUUACCAUCGCCAUCAACAAGGAGACGCGGAUCCGGGCCACGGAGAAGGACCCCAGGAACAAGCUGCAGAGCAUGUCGGUGACCAACCGCUAUGGGGGGGAGGAGGUGACGCACACGCUGCUGGCGGAGAGCCGGGCCGACACGCAGCGCUGGAUGGAGGCCUUCUGGCAGCACUUCUAUGAUCUGAGCCAGUGGAAGCAGUGCUGCGAUGAGCUCAUGAAGAUUGAGGUGCCGUCGCCACGCAAGCCCCCGGCCCUGCUGGCCAAGCAGGGCUCCCUGUACCACGAGAUGGCUCUCCCUGGCCCUGCGGUGCCCCCCUCGGCCUGCGAGGGGCUCCUGCUCCAGGAUAACGCUGCCUCCGCUGAGAUUCGGGCGCUUCUCUCCUCCUAUUACAGCGACAGCUAUUGAGCCUGUGGACGACAUUGAGGCCGUGACGGACAUCCUGACGCAGCGGGUGACGGCCCUCGAGCUGCGGUCGGACCUGGGCUGCCCCCCAUGGCUGUCUCUCUUCGAGGGGCCCCUGCUCAGCGCAUCCCACGCCAGCAUCACUUCCGACAGCGCCAGCCCCAGCCCCUCUCGCUCACGCCCGGCAUGGGGCCGGCCCCGCACGCUCUCCCUGGACGCCAGGCUCAGCACGCUGAAGGGGCGUGCUGGGAAAGGCCAGGCCCCUGCCCUGCGCCCGCUUGCUGGCCCCCCCCACACCAGCUCCUCCAGCAGCGGCAGCAACACCCCCGAGUCGGAGCGCCAGGGCCGCUGCCCCACCCGCCCCAAUCUGGAUCCACGUGGCUGUCUGCAGUCCCAGGUCUGAGCAGCAGGGGGCACCAGAGCUGGCACUUGCACCCUGACCAGGACAGGAGGUGACUGGAGGUGACGGGGGAGAUGCUCCCAGCAGGGGCCCCCUCAUGGCCCAGCCAGCCCUAUGGCCUCCCUGCCCCAGCCAGGAGUGCUGGGUUGCAGUGUCUGUUCUCCAUCCUGCACAGCGGCACCUCCCCACCCCGUCCUCCCGCUGAGCCCGUGCCCCAGGGGACAUCGCUCACGCAGGGCCAAGGGACCCCACCGGGCACUAGCUUGUGGGGAGACCACAGCAGGGCCCCCCUGUAUCCACCUGGGGCAUCCCUUGCGAGUUCCCUGGCAUCUGCUGGGGAGGGCUGUUAGGAACAACCGGCUGAGCCCCCAGCCUGGGGCCCGGGGCCUACUUGCUCCCCUGCCUGAGCUGAGACCUGAGCCAAGGGCCUGCCCAAGAGGUGCUGAGCUCACCCCCCAGUCCCCACUGACCAGACAGACACACAGGAAGUGGGGCAGCCUGUGGGCUGGUGCCCCCUCUCCAGGGUGGCCUUGUGCCCGUGUUGUGGGGAGGGGUGGUUGAGCUGUUCUCGAUCUAGCUUCAGAGCAAAGGCUGAACAGGGGAGGGGGCUUCGGGACAAAAAAAACUGGAAUUUUUUUGCCACAGGUGACAUUAAAGGGGAGGGGCCUGAGGAUUCCCAAAUUCCAGCUCUAACGGCUUUUCCUCACUUACUCUUACCAGCCCCAUCCAGCUGCUGCCCCCCAAAAACAGACCAGCUCCCCUGAAGGCGCAUGCAUAGCCCCUCCCCCCAUGGGGCUGUCUGUCUGGGGGAGGGAACUGAGGCUAUAGCCACUUCAUUAAUAUGCAUUAAAAUGUAUUUAAUGUUCCCAGUCUCUGAUUUGUAGAAGGGUGAUAGGGGAGGGGGGCAGGAUCAGCCCUGCCAGGGGUAGGUUGGUCACUGGGCCCCACCUGCCAUCACCCACCCCAUAAGCUUGGGCCCUGCAGGCAGCUUUGAUGUCACAGCUAGAGAGUCCGGUUAGUUUGGGUCCCAUGGGUCCGGCUAGCUUGGAGAGGGACACAACUCAGCCCCCACAGGGGGGAGCCCUGCCCCCUCGCCCCAAAGCAGGUCAGGUGGGGUUGGGUCACUCUCUGCUGGUGGGGUGCCCCCUGCUCAGCACCCGACAGCCUCCAGCCAACACCCCCCUCUAUUCCUUCCUGUGAGGCCAACCCGGGUACUGGGCCCCCCAUGACUCACCCCUGGCCCUGGUGAGAAUGGAAGGGUUGGGGGCUGUUUUGCUCACAGCUGCUGGGGGCUCAGGGGCGAGCGUUUGAGCCUUGUCCCUAGC